CAGACCCUCCAUUAUAAUUGUUUUUAUAGAAAAGACCCUCAUUUAACCGACCUAAACGAACUCAUUUGCCAUAGCUCUCGAGAAAGGGACAUGGCGCCACCAGCUGUAACUCAAAUUCGGAGCCCCGAAUUACGGCACGACCCGGUGACAAACCGGUUGGUCAUAUUCUCUCCGGCCCGAGCCAAAAGACCCACCGAUUUCAAAUCUAAAACGCCCCAGACCCCUAAUUCCAACCACAGUCCCUGCCCUUUCUGUAUCGGCCACGAGGAUGAAUGUGCACCCGAAAUAUUCCGGGUCCCACCCGACCCGAAUAACUCAGACUGGAAGAUCCGUGUCAUCGAGAAUCUGUAUCCGGCGCUGAGCAGAAACCUUGAUUACCCAUCUGAGCAAAACACUGACUUGGAUUUUCCGGGUCGGGUACUGAACGGUUUUGGCUUUCACGAUGUGGUGAUUGAGGCUCCGGUUCAUUCGGUGCAGUUGUGUGACAUGGAAGCGAGAGAGAUUGGUGAGGUUUUGAUUGUGUAUCAGAAGAGGAUUGAGCAAAUUAUGAACCUUGAAACCAUUAAAUACGUGCAGGUGUUCAAGAACCAUGGUGCUUCUGCUGGAGCAUCUAUGAGUCACUCUCACAGUCAGAUAAUGGCACUGCCAAUUAUACCUCCUUCUGUUUCUGCUCGACUUGAUGGUACAAAGGAGUACUUUGACAAUACAGGAAAAUGUAGCCUUUGUGUAGUUCAUAUGGAAAAGAUUUUAAUUGAUGAAUCAACUCAUUUUAUCUCCAUUGUCCCAUUUGCUGCUACGUUCCCAUUUGAGAUAUGGAUCAUCCCCAGGGAUCAUUCCUCUCAUUUCCAUGAUAUAGAUCGUGAGAAGGCGGUUGAUCUUGGGGGAAUGCUGAAGCUCAUGCUUAGAAAGAUGUCGCUACAAUUAAAUAAUCCACCAUUUAACUUCAUGAUCCAGACAGCUCCACUUCAGGUUAAAGAAUCACAGUUACCGUAUACUCACUGGUUCUUACAGAUAGUGCCGCAGUUAACUGGAGUGGGAGGGUUUGAACUUGGAACUGGUUGUUUCAUUAACCCUGUUUUCCCUGAGGAUGCUGCAAAAGUACUGAGGGAGGUUAAUCUUCCAAUAGAUGGUUGAAUUAAUCAUACACAUACCUACUUACAUUUAUACGAGGAGAUGGGGAAAAAUAGAAGUGUUUUUGUAUGUCCUUAGGCGGAUUUUGAAUAAAUUUGAAAUCUCCUUUCUUCUGUCUAUGUAUGUGUUAGAAAAGGUGAAGCACAUUCAUUAAAAGGGUUGCGUAGGCCAAAGCUCCCCAUGUGUCCCGCAUGGCUUGAUACUUUGUUUCUGUCCGAGUGCACUGGACUGUUUAAAAUGCAAUAAUGCAAGACAAAAGGGAAAGUUAAGUGGA